UAUAAAUGUUAAGAAAGAGAGAGAGAGAGUCACGUGUUUUGCAGACAAUAUUCAAUUAUUGUAAACAAUGUUUCGGUGACCACUUUGGCGGGUCAUCGGUGGACAUAMACUACUAACACAUAGCUAUCGUUGGCCAACAACACAAUGAUAUCGAUGAACAAACAUUUGGUAAGACUUCAAGUGAGYCGACAUUUGGCCAAACAGUUGGCCGUCAUUCAGAAGCGGUACAAGUUUUUCACUGAAGAUGAGGUCACACAUCGGGCCAUUCGCGGCGCUGGAUAUCCUAUUCGGCCAAAUGUGCCGCGGGUUAGGUUCGCUCCGUUCUUUGAUCCGAAAAAUAAGGAACAAUUGGAGUCACAGAAGAGGACGUCAAGAAAAGAUGUCAUCUCGAAGGCAAUGUCCGCUUACUUAGAGUCUGCCAAACGAUACGACAAGUUUAUCAAAGAACAAACUGAAGAGUUUGAGACCGGACGAAGACAUUUGGCUAAUAUUAUGGGCGUUGAUGUCAAUAGUAUGACACAAAAGGACAUCGAUAUGGCCAUUCAAUAUCUGUUGCCGUCGGGACUGUUUUCUCAACGAGCCCGGCCACAGAUGAAACCGCCCGAAGAAAUAUUUCCGAUGAAAAAAGAGGCCCAAUUUGACAUCAAUGGUCGACCAUUCAAUUCAUUGUAUUAUACGGCAAGACCUAACUUUUAUGACACUUGUUUUAAAAUAAGUGAAUUUUCAGAGCGACUCAAUGCGUUUGAGGAYCGACUCGUCCGCAAAGGUGUUGUCAAUCCGCCCGAAGAAACAAAAAUUCAACUYAAAGGCACUGAUUGGUUGUCCAUCAAUGAAAUGCGACAGAAAUUUUUGGAGCCUUUAAAUGAAUCCAAAUAUGAGAGUCUAAUUCAAGCGAUGGAAAGACUUGUUAGCCAUCCCUACUCUAAGAUGGCCACAGAGUUUAUUAUGGAGUAUCGRAAAGAAAUUAAAACACUGUCGAGUCAAAUGCAAAUACCUGAACUCAUGUACGAUGAAAAUGGUAGACCUUUUAUGACAGCCACAGGUAACCGAAAAUAUUGUGUGGCAAAUGUGACGGUUAGAGGCAACGGUACCGGAAAAGUCGAUAUCAAUGGUCAGGAUAUAACAUAUUUUGAUUUYAUUAAUGACAGAGAACAGGUGAUGACACCCCUCCAGAUAACUGGCCAACUCUUCAAAGUUGACAUCGAAUGUCGAACGAUGUACGAGGAAAUGACUAAAGAGUGGAGCAAAGACUCACCGCCUGUGGGCAGGCAUUCGGAUGGCGUUUGGAGGGAAUUGGGAACAACUGCACAGUCCGGUGCCAUUCGGUUGGGAUUAGCUCUCGCUUUAAGAAGUUUUGUCGACUCAAAGACAGUCGAGAAGAUGAGAUUAGCCGGUCUAUUGACUCGAGACGUGCGGACUCGUGAACGCAAAAAAUGGGGUCAAGAGGGCGCCCGACGUAAAUAUACGUGGAAAAAGAGAUAACUUGGUCAUUUUUUUCAAUUUGAUAGCUAAUAUUAYCCAGUCAUUUAAUGU